AGACGAGGAAAAGUUGAACCCAAUUCAAAGGAGGCCAGGGGCGGCCAAUGCAAGCGUGGACCAACGACUCCCUCUCCUUCCUCGCUCCUCUGCACCCGGCCGCAUGCAGCUGGCUUUGAACUGCUUCAUUGCUCGCUCGCUCGCUCUAUAAAAGGGAACCGAUCGAUCGUGCUAGCUAUGCAACCCUGCUGUGUCAUCUAGAGAUCUCAUCCACAUAUAUACAUCGUGCUAGCUAGUCAUCUAGAGAUCUCAUCCACAUAUAUACAUCGAUAAAGCUAGCUAGCUACUAGUACACCUUCUGUGUGGCUGCCUAGCUCUAGCUCGAUCGAUCGUCCACAAGCAAGCAAGCCAGCUCGAUCGCCGCUCCAACGAACGUAAUUAACCUCGCUCGCUCAUCGUCGUAUCUAGCCAUGGCGUCCCGUUCCGCUCUGAUCGCGCUGCUCGUCGUUGUGAGCUCCGUGGCGGCGGCCUCGGCGGCCACGUUCACCGUCGGCGACAGUAGCGGGUGGACUCUUGGCAACGUCAACUACGACAACUGGGCCAGUGGCAAGACCUUCGCAGCUGGUGAUCAGCUAGUGUUCAACUUCGCGACCGGUGCCCACGACGUUGUGGUGGUGGACAAGAGCGGAUACGACAGCUGCUCCACCAGCAACGCCGCCAACACCAUCCAGACCGGACCGGCCACCGUCACCCUCACCUCCGGCACUCACUACUACAUCUGCGGCAUCACCGGCCACUGCGGUGCCGGCAUGAAGCUCACUGUCACCGUCGGCUCCGGCUCCGGCUCCUCCCCCUCGACGCCCCCGACCCCCGCCGGCAGCACACCCGCCACCCCCAGCGCCCCUGCCCCGGCUGGCACUGGCACCCCGGGCAGCGCGUCCGUGCGCCUCACGGCCGGCCCCGCGCUCGCCGUGGCCGCCGCCGCCUUGCUCGUCAAGCUCGCCCUCUUCUGAUGAUCAUACCAUCCUGAUCUUGUGAGCCAGGGUAGAGGCAGUGCAGGAUUAUUAUCAUAUUCUUGUUGAUGAUCGAGCUACCGUUUGCGUUUUCAUUCUGACGGCCGGCAUGUACGUACGGUAGAGAGAGAGCUAGCUACACUACACUGCAGGUUAUUAUUUGCUGAUUUAAUUUCGUGAUGUACUACUGUAUCAUUGAUGCAUGCUUUCUUUAUUGUUGUUUGCCUUGGCUUGCUUGUGUAUCUUCUUCAUUAUUCAUGGUGUCUAAAUUAUUAUUUCUCUUCUCCA